AUGGACCGUGACCACGGACUCGAUGAUGAUCGAGAGGUGGAGGUGUGGACGGAGAAGGGAAGGCAGCUGAUAUCGGAGGUCAAGAAGAAAUCCAGAUGUUUUGAUGUGUUGAUGGGACCCUCCCCCCUCCCCUGCGGGGGAUUAGGGGUGACUAAUGAUGCUGGCUCGGACACAAUUAAUCCCGUUGUGCGAUGGCAGCGCCCCCUAUUAGCCGCUCUAAUGUAUUAUUCAUGUUCUGUCCUGCGGAAGAGGUCUUCAAGGAGUGAGCUCUACGGCGAGUACUUCCGGCAGUUCCGAUCACCCACUGCCUUCCACAGUCCAGGUCACCUAACAAUUUGGAAUGAUGUCCUUCCAUUUGCAAUUUAUCUCUCCAAGGGGUCAUUGUUUGCAAAAUCAGCGAUUAUAUUCUAA